AUGAUUCCACCGGGGGAUUGCCUGUACGCCGGCAGAAAAAGACGGAAGCCCAUUCAGAAACAGAAGGCAACGCCGGCGAGCCAGAAGUCCAACCCGUCCAAGCGGCACCGGGACCGGCUGAACGCGGAGCUGGACCGGCUGGCCAGCCUGCUGCCGCUCCCCCCGGAUGUCAUCUCCAAACUAGACAAGCUCUCCGUGCUGCGGCUCAGCGUCAGCUACCUCAAGGUCAAGAGCUUCUUCCAAGCCGCCCUUCAGGACAAGUCACCCCCAAAAUACGUGUGCCCCUCAGAAAACCCCGGUUCUAGGAAGGAGAGCCCAGAAGCCAGGUUCAGUGUGUGUGAAAGUGACCUCUUACUGGAGGCCUUGACUGGUUUCGCUCUGGUAGUGAGCACAGACGGAAUGAUCUUUUAUGCCUCGUCCACCAUCGUCGACUACCUGGGCUUCCAUCAGACUGAUGUGAUGCACCAGAACGUCUUUGAUUACAUCCAUGUGGACGACCGGCAGGAGUUCCAGCGACAGCUCCACUGGGCCAUGAACCCCACUCAGCAGGUGGCGGGAGUGGACCCCAACUUGGCGGCGGGGCCCGGUGAGGACUACAUGGUCAGCAGUCUCUUCAGCUCUCAGGAGAUAGACGGCGUUCCCCCAGAGAUCUCCCCCUUCCUCACACGCUGCUUCAUGUCUCGAGUUCGCUGCCUGCUGGACAGCACGUCAGGCUUCCUGACCAUACAGUUUCAGGGACGUCUGAAGUUCCUCCAGGGCCAAAAGAAGAGGUCUCCAUCGGGUACGCUCCUGCCCCCCCAGCUGGCCCUUUUCGCCGUGGCCAUACCCCUCCUGUCGCCCCCCAUGACUGAGAUGAAGAUGAAGAGUGCGAUGAUGAGGAGCAAACACAAGAACGCGGUCUUCUCCGCUCAGGAUCUGAGUGAGAGGAAGUACCAGGGUUUGGGCAAGAUGGAGGAGGAUGGGGGCACCCUCCUCUUAGGCUGCAGUGGCACCACAUCCAGACAGCAACACUAUGCUGUCCCCUGGACACCCCUAUCCAAAGAGGGCCUCCGAUUCAGGAAUGAGGGGUACUACCCCCAGGAAGAGCCCUUAAACCUGAACUGCAAGUCCUCUGCAAGCGGACAGAGGGGCGCGACCCUGGAGCCCUCGUGGGCGGGGCGUGCGGCUAUGGGGGCGGGGAGGAUGGGGCCGAACGCAUUCCUCCAAAAGCCUGGCCUGUCCGGCAAGCCUGGAGGGUACCGCCUGUCUCCCAGCUGCCACGGUGACGGCAGUGAUGUCACCCUCAGUAAGAUGUACGGUGGCCUACUGCAGCUGGGGGCCGAGAGUUUCCCUGGGGGGGGCGUGAAGGUCGAGAACAGCUACAGCGAGUGCUACGACGGCCGCCCGCCGCCAGAAGCUGCCGUCAAGACCGAGCGCGACUCAGACUCCGAGAACGGCUGCGUCCUCUUCGGCGCCGCCCACGGUGGGGCGUGGCCGCGCAAGGAGCGGGCGGAGCGGCGCUUCGGGCCGGCCUACGGCGAGAGCCCCCUGCUGAAGACGGAGGCGGGGUACUACGAGCCCUACGCACCCUGCCAGAGGGGCAAGGCCGGGCUCAGCUCUGCGUUUGGCUCCAACCUGGCCGUCGGGGGCAGCCGGCCCCUCAAGUGUGUCCUGAACAGAGACCUGGCCCUGUUCGGCCCGCAGCGGCCCGACCCCCAGUGCAGCAGCCAGGGCAUGAACUGCAUCGACCCCCACAUGUAUGGGAACAGUGGGACAGAUCAGAAGGGCUUCCUGCCGCAGGAUUACAAGCUCACCUACGAGUUCAGGAGCCACAGCCUGGUUCACUCCAUCAAACAGGAGCCCCUGGACUCGCCACCCUGGUCUGAUGGCAGCCAGGACAUUAGCCAAGCAUCCCUACUACGCAGCAUCAUGCCUAACUGUGUCAUGAACACAGUAGGGAGCAAAUCAAAUCCAUAUGGCUACAUGCAGUAA